AUUCCUCCUCUAAAUCAAAUGAUAUAUAUGGGAAAGUGAAGGAAUGGCCGGACAGAACUUACAAGCUCAAUAAAAAUGGCAGCCCAAGUGGCUUUCUCUUCUUCCCUUACCACCCAAAUACCUGUCCUGCUCCAUUUAUCUCCAUCAUCUCCCUUAAUUAGUUCAGCAAAGAAAAGGGUUCAUCAUUUCAAAAUCCAUGCAAUUGGUGGAGGAGAUGGAGAACUAAAACCAAAAGGGAAGAAGAAAUUUAUAACCAGAGAAGAAGAACCUGAACAGUAUUGGCAAACAGCAGGAGAAAGGAAAGGAGAGAACCCCAUGAAGACACCUCUUCCGUACAUCAUCAUAUUUGGCAUGUCAACUCCAUUUGUGAUCUUAGCCAUUGCUUUUGCUAAUGGUUGGAUUAAGGUACCGGUCCGAUGAUUUGUUCAGAGAUGCAGCAACAAUGGCAGCUAAAUCAGUGUUUGAAAGUUGGAUGGUUUCAGUUUAUCCAUUCAUUUCAGUUCUAAGCAUCUACUUGUACACUACUUAUGAAUGCUCAUCUUGUGCAUACCACAAGCAUAUUACAAUUCAAUGACAAUCAAAUCAUGAGCUUUUUCUGUAACAGGUAACAAAAGUCUGCCAAAUACAUGAGCAAGAUCACAUCUGCAAUUUUUUUUCCCAGUAGCUUAAAGUGUCUACGUGUUAAUUCCCAUCUAUGCUAAUUUAGUAUAUUUCUUCA